AAAUUAAAUAUUUAAAACAGUGAAAAUUGAAAAUAGUUAAGUAAUAUUAAAUAUAAAAAAAAGAAAUAAAAGUUAAAGAGAGCUUAUAAGAUAUUUUCUACCACAUUCUCCACAGUUGGCAAAGCAAAGAGGAUAUAAAAUGGGUCCUAAAUUAAAUCGAACGACAGCUGGCAGCUCACUGAUGUAUCAAGCCAUCAAAGAUGACAAAUUGGAAGAUGUUAAAUUGUUAUUAGAAAAUGGAUUUAAUGUAAAUGAACCAAUAAUAACAACUGGAGAAUUUGCCGGAUUCACAGCAUUGCAUGUUGCAUGUAUGAAAAGUCAGAAUAAUACAUUCUUGAUGGAAUUACUAGUUCAUGAAUAUAAAGCAGAUGUCAAUGCAAUAGCUGCUGACGGGACUCAACCCAUUCUUUUGGCUUGUUUUUAUCAACCACUAGACAAAUUACAAGACUAUUAUCUCACACGCGAAGAAGGCUAUAUAAGACUACAUACAUUGGUAGAAGCUAAUGCAAAUGUUAAUGCCGAAUUUGGACAAGAAAUUUUUUCAAAGCACGUCAAAGAUAGAAAAUGGUGUUCUGAUUUUGGCGUCAAAAUGCCACUAGUUGCAUAUACUGUUCUUUAUGAUAAACCAACAUUAAUUUAUUAUUUAGAAAAAGUCAACUUAGACAUUAUAAGCCUUACAAAUAAAACAUUGCUGAUGUACGCUGCAGAAAAGGAGUGUUAUGGAUAUAUUUUAGUGAUUAUGUUAAAUGUUGAAGAUCCUGUAUUGAUGGAUAAGUUGAUAAACCACCGCGAUAAUGAUGAUGUACCACUAUCUCAUUAUCCAUUCCAUCCUAAAAAAUGUGGAAAAUUUCAAUUAUAUAAAAGAUCGGUGUUCGAUAAUUCGUAUCCCCACUCAACGUUUAUUUAUCACUUAUCAAUUUGGGGGGCUGACAUGUAUGCACUGAUAAACAAUGAUCCAGCAACAUUUUUGCCCAAUCUCUUAGCUUACAGAAGUUGUCCAAAUCUGCUGAAGGAGUUUUUGCCUUAUUAUACUUCUAUGUCUUUAUCAAGGGUUCUAUACUACGCCACGCUUCCUAUAGUUGAAAAGUAUAAGCAUGUCCGUCCAGAAGUUUAUUUGAUUCAUCUUCAAGAAAAAAUCAGACAAGAUCGAGAAAAUUGUAUAGACAUCGCUAUAAAAGAUCUGGUCAUUAGGUGUGUAUUCAGAUUACCUGUUCCAAAACAAGAAAUGAAAUUGAUGGAUGAAUUAAUUGCCAGCGACGAAAAAAUCAGAGAGUUUGUAAAUGACGUUAAAAAAAAUUUCGUUGAAAAAAAAUUGCAGGAGCAUUUUGUUGAAUUCGGUAAUAAUAAAAUGACAAGUUAUGAUUUUUUAGUGCAAGUUUUUGACUAUAAAAAACUAAAAUUGUUGGCGGGAGAAGAGGAUUUACUGGACGCUCUGCGUCAAGUUUUCCGGCUGAAUUUUGAUGACUAUAAUUAUUAUCGGAUCUAUUUCACUCUAAUUCAAACCAGGAUAAAAGAUGCUACGGAAAGAUUAAGACUUCUCCAAAGUUUGAGGAAAAUUUCAUCACUUAGAGAAGCUAUACCGUUACCGUUUGAACUGGUAUUAGAUAUUGUUGAGUAUCUAAACAACAAACACUUGAACUUCUUUAUAAAAGCAUUUUAUAGUUCGUAAUUUUAUAUUGAAACCAGUUUUAGAUUUUUAGUUU